AUGCUCGCCUCCAUUCUCCUCCUCGCCCUCCCUCUGGCCCUCGCCAACCCCGUCCCCACCUCUUCCCCCGCCGCAUCACCUAGCUCCACCUCUGGCGGUUUCUCCGCCCGGCUCUCACACGGCCAAGGCGCCAUCGCCCGCUCCAACUCUUACGCCAACGCCAAGCGCGGCCUCGUCGCGCGCGUCGACGAUGAGGGACUGCCGCCGAGUUGGUUGUUGUGGGCUGGGGCGAGGUUGGAUGCCAAGUACGAUGGCGCGAAUGGGUUUAAGGAGGCGUAUGCGAAGGAGAUCACGAAGCGGGCUGAUAACGGUGAAAUCUCAUUGACAGACCACAACCUCGACACUUCCUACUCUGCCUCCCUCUCCGUCGGUACCCCCGCGCAGACACUCGACAUUGUCCUCGACACCGGCUCCUCCGACCUGUGGCUCGCCUCGGACAAGUGCUCCACCACCGCCUGCUCAUCCAUGGACGAAUACUCUCUCUCCAACUCGUCCACCGCCGUCAACUUGUCGACUUCAUUUUCAAUUGAGUAUGGGAGUGGGAAAGCGAGUGGAGCGUUGGUGCAGGAUUUGGUGACCCUGGGCGGUUAUUCGGUCGCGAGUCAGACGUUUGCGGCUUGCGAUAGUGUUAGUACGGGGCUGCUGAGUACGGGGGUCAGUGGGAUUAUGGGGCUUUCGUGGCAGGCUUUGGCUUAUUCCAAAGCGACGCCAUGGUGGAUCACCCUUGCCAAAAGCUCGACCUGGAGCCAACCCCUCUUUGCUUUUUACCUCGCGCGAUACCGCAACGUCGCCGGCGCCACCGCCAAAGAGACUGACGGCGGUACCGCCACUUUCGGCUACCUCGACUCUUCCCUCUACACUGGGGACGUGACCUACGUCGACGUCGACGAUGACGCGCAGUAUUGGCAGAUUGAGAUGGCCUCUGCUACCAUCCAAGGCUCUUCCAUCUCGCUCAACUCGUCGUACAACAUGGUCGCGAUUGAUACCGGCACAACCCUCAUCGGUGGGCCCCAGUCCAUCGUCGCAGAGAUCUACUCCAAAAUCGACGGUGCCCGGCGCAUGACAGGCUCUUAUGCUUCCUACUACGAGUACCCCUGCAACACUUCUGUCGAGCUCGACUUGACGUUUGGAGGGUACACGGUCGAGAUUACCGACCAGGAUUUCAACCUUGGGAGGUACUCUUCGGAUACGUCCAUGUGUACCGGGGCGGUGUAUGUGCAGUCGUUGUCUUCGUCGUCGCCAGUGCAGUGGAUUGUGGGGGAUGCGGCGAUCAAGAAUACGUAUACUGUUUUCCGAUACAAUCCGGCGGCGGUGGGUUUUGCUGCUCUGGCUGGAUCGGUGACCUCAAGUGAGGCCGCGCAGUCUACGACCAUUGCGGACAUCUCGUCUGUGCUGGCUGCUGCUUCCAACUCGGCUACUGCUUCCAGCUCGGCUACUGCUUCCACCACUUCCGCUUCCUCGUCUUCUGCUGCUACCUCGUCUACCGCUACUUCUUCAGAGGCAGCAAGCGCUACCAGCAAGGCAGCGUCCGUCUCGUCCGAAGCGCCGCACGUCGUCAGUGUUGGGUCAUCGAGUACCGAGACGAUCGGCAGUGCUACAGCUUCUGAAUCGGAUAGCGCUGCGGCAGCUUCAGCUACGAGCGGGGCUUUACCUCUAUUCAGUUCCAGUCGAUGGGUUGUAGCGCUCUUGAGCGCUGCUGUAGGCGUGUUGUUGCUGUAA